CGCGCCGCUGCAGCGCAUGCGCAGAUCGCGCCGAGCGGCCUGGCCCGAGCGGGCGGAGGGAGCGCGAGCGCCCGGGGGACCCCCCCAAGAUGACUCAGUUCCUGCCCCCCAACUUACUGGCGCUCUUCGCCCCCCGGGACCCCAUCCCCUACCUGCCCCCCCUGGAGAAGCUGCCCCAUGAGAAGCACCAUAACCAGCCCUAUAGCGGCAUUGCCCCCUAUAUCCGGGAGUUCGAGGACCCCCGAGAUGCGCCCCCCCCGACCCGUGCUGAGACGCGAGAGGAGCGGAUGGAGAGGAAGAGACGGGAGAAGAUCGAGCGAAGGCAACAGGAGGUUGAGAGCGAGCUCAAGUUGUGGGACCCACACAAUGACCCCAAUGCUCAAGGCGAUGCCUUCAAGACCCUCUUUGUGGCCAGAGUGAACUACGACACGACCGAGUCCAAGCUGCGCCGUGAGUUCGAGGUGUACGGCCCCAUCAAGCGGAUCUACAUGGUGUACAACAAGCGCUCGGGGAAGCCCCGUGGUUACGCCUUCAUCGAGUACGAGCACGAGCGGGACAUGCACUCCGCCUACAAGCACGCGGAUGGGAAGAAGAUCGAUGGGCGCCGGGUGCUGGUGGAUGUGGAGCGAGGCCGGACGGUGAAGGGAUGGAGGCCAAGGCGCUUGGGGGGAGGUCUGGGGGGCACCCGCAGAGGAGGAGCUGAUGUGAACAUCAGACACUCAGGCAGGGAUGACACCUCCCGCUAUGAUGAGAGGGACCGGGAACGUGACCGCGAACGGGAGCGUCGGGAGCGCUCGAGGGAACGGGAGCGGCGGCGCUCGCGCUCCCGGGACCGGCGGCGGCGCACGCGCAGCAGGGAGAAGGACGAGCGGGACCGGAAGCGGGGGGGGAGCCGGGACCGGAGCAAGGACCGGGACCGGAAGCGCCGCAGCCGCUCCCGGGAGCGCAAACGGGAACGGGAACGGGAACGGGACAAGAAGGAGGAGGGGCUGGAAGCGAUGGAGGCUCCCGAGGACACCGGGGGGGGGGGGAUGGGAGGGGGUGACUCCGCCCCCCCCCCCCCCGACGGGGAGGACAAGGGUCGGGAACGGCGCAGGGGGCACCGGGAACGGGAGCGGAGACGGGAACGGGAACGGGAGCGGCCCGAGCGCGAGCACAAACGGGAGCGGGAGCGGAGGGAGGAGCGGCCGGGGGGGGGGGGGGCGGAGGGAGGGGCGGAGCUGUUCCUGCAGGGGGACUCACUCCCCCCCGCCGAGGGGUAUAUGGGGGCGGAGAAUGGGUAUCUGAUGGAGCCUACCAUGGAGUGAGGGGGGGAGACCCCGAAAUGGGGCACCCCAAAAUGGGGACCCC